AUGAGCAUCAUCAGAGACGUAAACAAAAACCAUCUGUUCUCUUUCAUCGUCACGACGUCUCGGACCGACGCUUCAAAAGAUCGGGUCGGUCACUCCUCACGAUUUGCCGCCUCAGCGCAGAUGCAAUUUCCUCUUCCGGUUUGCAAGUACGAACGUUAUAAAUGAAUCGUUAUCUAAUAAAUUUAUCGUACAUUGGUACUCACUUCAGAGGUAUUCAGAAGAACCUCCUGAAGGACUCGGGCUACCUGGAAGAUCCGCACUCGGUCGAGGGAGUACUCGAGAUUGCACUCAAAAAAUUUGCUCCGGUGAACGAGUUCAAAAUUAAACUAUCCAGUCGGACCGAUGCUGGGGUUCACGCCUUACACAACACCGUGCACGUUGAUCUGGAACGACCAAGCGGGAAACCCUACAAAACGUACAAAUUGACCCAGGGACUGAACAGGACUUUCGGUUCUCAAGGUCUACCAAUCAGAAUCCUCGACACAAAGCUGGUCCCGAUGAGUUGCCAUGCUAGGCUGUGCGCCAAAUCACGCACCUAUCUCUACCGAUUAGGUGUACUGAGGCCUCAGUAUUGCGAUAAAGUUGAGAGCCAUCCCUUCAAUAGAUUUGUACCGAUCGACGAAUACGAUCGGUGCUACUUCAUAGCUCAUAAACAUUUCGAUAUUGAACGACUGAAACGGGUGGCCAGCACUUUUCAAGGAUAUCACGACUUUCGGACGUUCAUGUCUGUGGCUCGUGGGAACGACCGCCAGCAUGAUCCCAGCUUUACCUUGAGAACCAUUGAGCACAUUUCCAUCGAUAGGGGCAUUUCUAUGGCGUCGGCAUUUAACCGGGAACAAGCCGAAAGAUACUAUGAUUAUUGGGAUAUUCGAAUAAAGGGCAGAUCGUUCCUUUAUAAGCAGGUCCGUCGUAUGGUAGGGGCCUGGAUCGGUGCCGCAGAGAAUCGCCUUAGCGAACGUGACAUCUACCGUAUGCUAACGGUGCCAUCCCAGCGCUCGUGGUGUGAUCAAGCGGUCGUAGCUCCAGCAUACGGAUUGUUCUUGUGCCGAGUGGAGUACGAUCCUUCUGAUUUGGAAUUUCCCAAAGAUGAGCUUCCUGGAGCAGCUGAAGAAAAGCAAGCAGUCAUUGCAGCCAACUGAAACCACCGUCACUUACAUGGAUGGCAGCCGGAAGAUCUUCCGAGGCGAAAUGGAACGAAAUGCUCCAGGUCGCUUGGGAUUUAUAGUGGAUACCAGCCCUGAUCAGGUACCGGCGUGCAUUUUAAGCAAUCUACUCUAUCUGGGUUCUCAAGACUGUGUACGCAAAGAGGUACUGGAGAAAUACGGUAUCACGCACGUACUUAGCGUAGGCAUCGAGACUCCACCCUUCGAAAAGUGUGAUCAUAGUGUUAAGGCGAUCUUUGUUGAAUGUCUAGAUUUACCAGACACUGAGCUUCCAGCCGUUCUGAAGCAUACGAAUGAAUUUAUUGAACGUUGCCGACUAGAUGGGGGCAAAGUUUUGGUCCACUGCAAUGCCGGAGUGUCACGUUCUACAUCAGUCGUGAUCGGAUAUCUGAUGAACCAUCAGAAUUUUACGUUCCUUCAAGCUCUUGGACUAGUCAAGAAUAAAAGACCAUGCGUACAACCAAAUGUUGGCUUUAUUAAUCAGUUAAAAAAGUUGCAGUAACAAAAAUAUUCAGCGAUUCAGAUUAUUACGGUGUAGAAAAGUAUUCAUACUUAUGUAGAUAGCUAUUCAAUUGAAUAAUUACUUGAGAGCAAAGUUUUUCGCGUAUAUAUCGUACUUCUUAUAAACUAAAA